UAAAUAGCCCCUUGCGCAAUUUUUGAUGAAUAGUGUCGCUGUCAAAAGCGUUCGAGACAGAUAAAGGCAUGUUGACAGACAGACAGCUGUAAAGAGCAGAGAAGAGAGAGGAAGAGAAGCUGCGUCAUGUCUCCUCCUCACGGCUACAUGUAGUUCUUUUUUUUGGUUCUAAUCCGCGGAGCUGCUGGAUGUCGGGGGGAGAGUUUGCUCAACUAUUACCGUCACCGCGCCGUCCCGCCGGGCUUCAUGUUGUGUUGCCUGUUUUAUUUUCUCUGGAAAACGAUGGAGAGCAGAACAUGUCAAGUCUGAGAGCGGCUUUACAACUCUGAGCUUCUUGUGAAUAUUUAGUUGGAGCUCUUCAAAGUUCAGGCAGGAGGACAAACCUUUGGCUCGGUAAGGAGCCUCCGAGGGCAGCAUGGUGAACAGCCAGGCGGCGGGCGUACCACCGCCCCCCAGGUCGUGCGCAGGAUGCGGGGGGAAGAUCGCAGACCGAUUCCUGCUUUUCUCCAUGGAGCGCUACUGGCACACUCGCUGCCUCAAGUGCUCUUGUUGCCAAGCCCAGCUGGGGGACAUUGGCACCACCUGCUACAGCAAAGGGGGCAUGAUUCUGUGUCGGAGUGACUACAUCAGACUGUUUGGGCACAGCGGGGCGUGCAGCGCCUGCGGCCAGUCGAUCCCAGCCAACGAAAUGGUGAUGAGGGCACAGGGAAAUGUUUACCACCUCAAGUGUUUCAGCUGUGCCACCUGUAGAAACAGACUGAUGCCUGGCGAUCGCUUCCAUUACAUCAAUGGUACAAUCUUCUGUGAGCAUGACAGACCCGGCGCUGCCUUGCUCAACAGCCAUCUGCCUCCACUUCAGAGCAACUCUGUGCUGACAGACCAGAAGGUAUGCUGAGGAGUGCUGCGCGUUGCCCUUGUCUUUCCUCCCGAGCGUCACUUCUCUCUGGUGCACUAUUCUUCUCCUGCUACUGUCGCCGUUGUUGUGGAUUCACCACCUCAUCGCUGCCCCGCCUCUCUCUCUUCCCUGGAGUUUUUCACCAAGAUAUCCUGUCCCUCGCCACCAUCAGAGACUAUACAAAGUCACAUUUAUGUUGUGUUCAAUGUUAAAGUGGUCUGUGCGUCAUGCAAAGACUUACAGUAUGUGUGGACUGCGCUGGCAAAAGGCUCCGUCAGGACUAAGAAAAAAAAAA